UAUACUGUCGGAUGGAUAUGCAAAGAGCCACGGUCAAUGUCGAUUGCAUUGACUAUGCUGGAUAAUAGACAUUAUCAACUGCCAGUCCCGCGUAACGACGAUUAUUUGUACACUUUGGGAACCAUUGGCUCGAGUAAAGUCGUCAUCAUAUGUCCGAAAAAGCCGAUAUCGGGCACUUCCUUGCUAGAAUCCCUAUUGACACACCUUCAGAGGGAGUUCAAUGGCAUCAAAUAUUAUUUCAUCACAGGCGUUGCCGGGGGGAUCCCUCCGGAUGUCAGGCUUGGCGAUGUUGUUAUUAGCACACCGCCAAAUCACAUUCAGAUACCCGACUUAAGCCAGAGGGAUCUUCAUGCGCCAAUUCUUCCAGACUGGACGACUAGGUCAGCGGCAGAGUUUCCCAGGUCCCUGCUUGCUGCUUUGAGAAAGGUGGAAGUGCAGCACGGCCAAUUUGGGCUGAGAAUAACAGAACAUAUCGACAAAGCGAAGAAUGCGUUGUCUACCAACGGCUUGAUAUAUCUCAAGUCUGAUCGGCUAGAGGACCUUCUCUUUAACUCAGCUUAUGAUCAUGUGGAUAGUACUACUAACAGUAUUGCUGAUAUCUCAAGUCGACCUGGUGCCGAACAAGGCUUGGAAAGACCAUGUGGCUCUUGCGACAUGCUGCAAUGCAUUCACAGAUUACCGCGAGAAAGACACGUCUAUUGUGGCACAACUAUUUCCAGCGAUAAAGUGUUUUGGGCUGCUCUCGAGCGAGACAGUUUGAGAACUCGACUAGGCCGCGAUAUUUGGUUCCCAGAUGCCAUAUGCCUAGAGACAGACGCAACAGGCUUUAUGGGCAAAUUACCUUAUCUAUUAGUCCACGGCAUUUCUGACUAUGCGGAUUCACACAAGAAUGCCAGCUGGAUGGAUCAUGCCACAGCUGCAGCAGCCGCCUGCGUGAGAGAACUCCUCAUGCCACUUCGCGGUAAGUCUGGUUGUAUGCGGGUACCUGGUGAAGCCUUCUUCUGCCAUGGAAUGCCUGGAUCUGGAAAAUCUGUCCUUGCAGCGGCUGUUAUUGACAAACUUGGCGAGAUAUUCCAUUCAGACUCAUCAGUCAGGAUUUGCUAUAUCUUCUGCAAAUCUUGCGCGCCAGAACCGAGCGUCUUGAGCUUAAUGGCCAGCAUAUUGAGGCAGAUGUGCCAGGUUCAACCUUCUUUACCACAAGCUUUCCAGGACUUGUAUGAUGUUCAUAGCAAGCAAGGCACGAUGCCCUCAGUGGAUGAUGUCUGCAGUGCAGUGGAAGAACUCGUCCGUAUGUCGUCACGAACCUUCAUUGUUGUUGACGCGCUAGACGAGUUGGAACCAUCGACCGCACAGCAAUUCAUUUCGCGACUCUUCUCUGUACAGCACCAUACGCAAGCAAAUAUCUUCGCAACGUCAAGAUUUAUUUAUAAUAUUGUGGAGAGGUUCAAGAAUCGCCAGGCCCUGAUCAUGGAGAAUUGCGCAAGGGAGAGUGACGUUGAGAGAUAUCUAGACAGCAACAUGGAACGGAUGCCGAUGUUCGUUCGUGCCAGUGCCGAAGCCCAAUUGGAGCUGAAGAGGAUUAUAGUUGGAUCUACAAAUGGAAUGUAUUCUCUUUUCGAAUCAGCAAGGGAGUGUACGACACUUGAGGGCAUGCAACAGAGCUUGUUUCAUUGCACACGACAUGACGGAUAUCUGGAAGAGACAAUGAUACGACUUCGACUCCAGGAGCCGGACCACGUAGAUUCUUCUUUACAGGUUCUCACGUGGACCACAUUUGCUUUCCGACCCCUGACAAUCAAAGAACUACAGCAUGCCCUUGCAAUCGAGCUGGGCAACUCAAGCCUCGACCAGGAGGAUAUCCCUCAUGAGGCCUUCAUUCUCUCGGACUGCUGUGGGUUAGUCAGCCUCAAUGCAAGCACCCAGAGAGUUGAAUUAUGCCAUCCCUCAGUGCUUCAUUUCCUCAAGGCGCACACCAGCACAUGGUUUCCCGACGCUUCGUUCUACAUCACCAAAGCUUGCCUCACAUAUCUCUCGUUCGACACAUUUGCAACAGGAAUGGCUCAGAGCGAAGAAGAAUACAACAAACGCUUGCUUCUCAAUCCCUUUUUUGAGUAUGCGAGCCUCUUCUGGGGAGCUCACGCCCAGGAUGAACCGGACUGGACCUAUAUCCUGAAUUUCCUUGGAAAGCAGCAGAAUGUUGCAGCGGCGGCCCAAGUUUACUUCAAGAGCGCAUUCAAGGCUUCGCUCUCUGAUAUGGCAGAAUUUGGACAGCCGGUUGGGCUGCACUUGGCGGCGUGCUUCGGCCUGAUUGAGGCGGCAAACGACCUCCUCGGCACUUACGACGUAAACCUCAAAGGUUUUGCGGAUUGGACAGCACUACAACUCGCCACUAUGUUGGGACAAGAGGCCAUGGCAGAGUUUCUCAUUCAUCAACACGCUGACAUUGAAUCCAAAGACUCGCUAGGACGUACAGCACUGUCUCUUGCUGCCAUGAGGGGCCGAGACUCCAUCGCGGACCUACUCAUCAAGCACGGUGCCGAGGUCCAAUUCCAGCAUCAUGACGGCCUUUCGCCGUUUUGGCUAGCCAUUGAACAAGGGGAUGAAAGCAUGGCGCAACUGCUCCUGGAGCACGGAGCUGAUAUCGAGAUGGAGCGUCCAAAUGGCCAGACGCCC